UAAAGCGGAAAUGAACCAGAAAUAAACGUAAACAGAAACUGGAAACUGUCAUUUUUAAAAACAGGAAUGUGAUGUUGUAUCAAUUUAGUGCUCAUUGUAUCUUUGUGAUGUUGAAUCAGACAGUCUGAAAGACGAGUGUUACCAUGCGCAUGGAAUAAGUUUACAGCACAGUUGUGCCGUCCUUGUCCGUUGAAACAUGAUUUUUUUUUCCUGCUGUGCUGCCAAGGACUCAUCGAGUGAUAACAUGACUAAUAUUGGACAUAGCUAAAACGAAGACAUCCAAAAUGCCACCUCGUCCUCCUAUUGCAAGAGGGCCACCUUAUAUUGUUAUCGAUACACUAAUUACAAUGUGUUUUAUGUUUAAAAAUGUGGUUGUUUCGAUACACGAAACUCUUGGACGUGUAUCUACUAAAGCACCUGUUAUUGUGCUGGGUGUGUUCAUUAUCGCUACAGUAUUGCACAUAGCCUUUCAAACAGCGCCUCCCGUAUCCUCCGCCCAGGUAGACAUUUGGGACUGGAUAGACAAGAAUGGGCUCGAACAGUACAAUAAAGUAUUUACAGAACAAGAUGUAGAAACAAACAAAGACCUUCUAUCCAUAGAUCUGGAGAAGAUACCAGAUUUUUCCGCUCUGCCUUCAGAUAAACAGAAUGAACUUAGAAAUGCAUUUAAUGCAUUAAAAGAAGAAACAUAUCUCCGAAUACUGCUGCAGAAAAACAAAAUUCCAUCUACAGUUUUUAACAGGUUAAGGGCCCAAGGAGUGGUGUCGAUAUUGGCCUUGUCACGGUUGUCUGACGAAGUGAUGCAGAAGGUAACAAAGGCAGACAGUACACUAACAGACUUCCAAAACCUUAAACACUGUGUGAGACACGCCACAGACUAUAUAGUUGACCAGGAAGAGCUGGACCUUUACAGUCAGGUGGGCAGUGAGUUUGACUCUCCAAUCACUCCACUUGUAAUGAAGACCCUCAAAAUAGGGCUGACCCUACUCCUGGGAUCAUUUCUAUUGAUUUUAUUCAUCAUGUUUGAGUGUGUAAGAAGUGUAAUACAUUGGCGACCCAAUCUACCUCCAUUGCGAUCGGUGGCCCCUGUCAGACCCUCACUCGUUGACCUGAACCCGAACAAAGGCUGGCUAUGGAACGUAUUAUGGGGCGUGAAUGUGUCCGCCCAGUAUUGUGUGGUCCAAUGGGGCUGGACAAGCCCUCAUGGUGUCGGCAGUACAAUGUCCUUUACCGUACAGUUAUUUCGAAAAAAUGGCAAACCGUUUGUGAUACUGAAUGAGGAUACAAGUCACAUUAUUGUGGAGAUUUUACACCGUGGGGUUAAGGUCGCUUGUACUAAACAAAUCGAGGAGGAGGAGGGAAAAUCUAACACAGUGCGUGUGUCCUUCACUGUCCACCGCUCAGGCCCGUAUAAAAUCUCAAUCAUGGUCUCGGGGAAGCACAUUAAAGGCAGUCCAUUCACCAGAGAGUUUGAUGCAGGUCCUAUUGAUGCCAGUAGAACAGGAUUUACAAACUACUGUUCCACCAUAGUGUGUACCGCAGGGAGUCCCUACCCCCUCACCAUAGAAACACAGGACUCCUUUGGGAACCCUGCUGUCUACAAAGCAGACCAGAACCAUUACUUCAAAAUCAAAGUUACAGAAACAGAGAGUCAAACCAAAUAUGUGCCUGCCACACAACUGGUCAACAUGCCAGAAAAAAAACAGCUAAAUAUGCGGAUUACCAUGGCAAGGGAAGGGUGCUACCAAGCCUCGGUGUCCUAUGGCGACAUGAAGUUGAGGAAUGGAGAUUUUAAUAUUCUUGUCAUAAGCAAUGAGGAUAUGGCCUGUGUCAACAAGAACAUGGCACGCAAGACCCACAGCAUCUGGUACGAGGCACGACUUCUCCAGGGCAGCCCUUCCUCUGAAGAAAAGGCAAAGAAAGUGUAUGUCUACAUAUCUCCCAAGCAACUAACGUUAAAAGAGUACUACCUGAAAAUAAUUGGCAAGAAAUUAUUUACCUGGCGAGUUUGUCCAUCAACAAAGUUUUACUUUAGUGGACACAAUGCUAGAUAUGACCUACCUGUGAUGACGAUCUACGACUGCUGUCAGCCUCCUCUUGUCCUGGCUGCCAAGGAACGGAGUGUUAUAGCCGCUACAUUCACCAACUUCUUACUCAGAAAUAUAGGUGGUUCUGAAACAUUCCAAGAUAAACACACAUACUUUGUCCAAGAAGUGAGGAAACUACAGAAAAGAGGAAAUGUCACUCUAAAAAUAGAUCGUUCAAACUUCCUAUAUAGUUCCUUCAAAGCAACAAAAAACUUUGACACAUCUGACUGGUACAAGACUUUUAAUAUUGUUUUUGUUGGUGAGCCAGGUUUAGACUGGGGUGGACUUCGGAGGGAGUGGUUUGAGAUGUUGUGUACCGAAUUGUUUGACCCGUCCAGAUCAGGAAUGUACACAAGGUUUACAGAAGACUCCCAAGGCCUGGUCCAUCCAACACCUUCAAGUCGGAGGAAACAGGAACUGAAGCUAAAGUACUAUGAGUUUGCUGGGAAAGUGGUGGGCAAGUGUUUAUAUGACUCAGCCCUGGGUAGUGCCUACAGACAGCUUGUCAAGGCCAGAUUAUCACGGUCAUUCCUCGCCCAACUCAUAGGCCUACAGGUCAAUUACAAGUACUUUGAAACAGAUGAUCCUGAGUUAUUUAAAACAAAGGUUCGGUUUAUAGAAGACAAUGAUAUUGAUGACAUGGAGUUGACAUUCUCAGAGGAAGAGUACCUCGACGGACAGCUGCAGCGGUUGGUUGAUUUGGUUCCCAGUGGCAGCAGUAAACCUGUUACCAAUGAAAACAAGCAGCACUACCUGAACUGCCUUGCCCAGUAUAAACUUACCAGCAGUGUCAAGGAAGAGGUAGACCAUUUCCUCAAGGGCCUCAACGUACUUAUUCCUGACACACUCCUCAGUAUAUUUGAUGAGAAUGAGUUAGAGCUGCUGAUGUGUGGUACAGGUAACUACAGUAUAACAGACUUCAAAGCUCACGCUGUGAUAGAGGGCUCCUCCUACCAUUUCUUUAAGGUCCUGGACUGGUUCUGGACAGUAAUUGCCAGCUUCACAGAGGAACAGAUGGCCCGCCUGCUACAGUUCACCACAGGUUGUUCUCAGCUUCCUCCUCAAGGCUUCGCAGAGCUCAAUCCGAAAUUUCAAAUAUCAUUCUCACCCACCUACAACACCUUACCGACAGCACACACCUGUUUCAACCUUCUGUGUCUGCCGGACUAUGACUCCAUAGACAAUUUCCACCGAUCUUUAUUGAUAGCCAUCAAUGAAGGCUCUCAGGGCUUUGGACUUGUGUGAUAUAGGAAGUAGACGAUGUUACAGGGUAACCAUGGCAAUAAGGAUGGUUGCAGCUACCAAAAUAACAAAGGUACCUGGAGCAACAACAAGAAUACUUGAAGUUUCCAAAGCAACUUGAAGGAUACCGAGAAUAAGCACAACAAUGCAAGAUUGGGAUAACUGAUCCUUUAGAUUCCACAUGUGAUCUAUUUCACUUAAUACCACUUCUAAUCGCAUCAUGUGCUAGAUUCCAGUUCUAGAAUCAUGUUUGAUACUGUUGAACAACACAAGUAGAGUAACUGUUACAGCUGUUGAUGGAUAUUACUUGACACAAGAAGGGUAACUGUUACAAAAGGAGGUGGCUUUUACUCUGCACAAGUAGGAUCUUUUUAUCAAGAAAACCUGGUGCUGGGUGUGACAAGUGCUGCUAUAUAACAUAGGAGCUGUGUUUAAGGAAGGAGACUGUACACAUUUCUAAUUAAAAGUUACAGAAAAGAACUACAAUUGUAUGUAAAUGGUAAAUCAUAUACAUUUUUAGCUCACCCUGCAAAACAUUAUGGUGAGCAUAACAAUGUUGAGCCAUUUGUGUGUCCUUCCAUUGUCAACUUAGCCAUCAUCUGGAAAAGCAUAAGUCCUACAGUAUGAUAUUUGGCAUUGAGUUUCCUGGAAUGAAAUGCUAUUGACUUUGUUCAAAUAGAUGAUCUUGAAAAACAUUCAAGGUCACUGGGGUCAAAAGCAUGAAAAAUGUAUGUUAAAUAACUGCUGCUAAAGAACCACAAUGUGCAUUUAGAGUAAUGAUACUAGGCGUGUUGCUUGUCUAUUUGGAAUAAAUGGACUGUGCACAUUCAUAGUUUAUACACAACAAAACAAAGAAUUAAAGUUCAAAAAUUUAUUGAGUCUAAAUUUAAAGUAACUUGUUCAGGUUAUAUUAGUUAUCUUUUGGCAUUCUUAGGGGCUGCUCUCUGUUACUUAAA